AUGCAUUCUCAGCGAUCUUUACAUAACAGAUGCCCUCGUAGACAUCGAGGUUAAGCUAAAUGCAAUUCCUCACUGUGCCUAUAAAGCACUCAUGCUAACAAGUUUAGAGGAGACGACCAUGGAAAUAAAGCUAGCAAUCAACAUGGUUUUUCGUCCCAGAGGUAUGGUCAAGGAUAUCAGAGUCGCAGGAACUUGUCUUCUGGGCGCGAAAUCGAAUGAUAGCUCGGUAUGGGAUGGAAUCGUGGAAAGAUAUCAAAACAGACUAAGCGGUAGGGGAAGCAGGAACUUGUCUUCUGGGGCGAAGCUAUUUUUAAUCAAUGCGGUCCUCUCUGGUUCUCCAACUUAUUUAUUUUCAUUAUUCAAGGCUCCAAAGUCAGUUGUUAAGGAUUUAGAAAGGUACCAAAGAAGAUUUCUUUGGAACGGUAAGUCGGAGGGUAAUAAGAUGGCUUUGAUGGAUUGGAAGUUGUGUAAAAUGCCUGUCAAGAAGGGAGGUCUUGGCAUACAUGAUUUGAAGCUUUCCAAUGACGUUAUCCUUUCGAAAUGGCUGUGGAGAUUUGCGGUAGAGAGAGGAAGUUGGUGGCAGGGCUUGAUUAACUACAAAUAUCCGAAUGAAGUUUCUUGCUGGCAGACCAAGAGGGAAAGAAGUGGGUUUUCCAAGUCUGUUUGGGCUAACAUCAGUAAAGGAUAUGAUCAGUUCUGGAAUUUUGCUGCAAUUGAUCUGGGGAAUGGUACUCAAGUCUCCUUCUUGUAUGAUUGUUGGAUCCCUAGGAUCGUGCUGGCUGCUUCGUUUCCUCGCGUUGCUGCUGCUGUCCUUGACCCUGAAGCUCUUCUAUCUGACACUGCAAAUAUCCAUGGUGAUUUGGUGAGUUGGAAUCUUGAUUUCAAAUAUAUUUUGAGGGGUGGGGCAGCAAGGGAGAGGGAUGAUUUUAUGAACCUUUUAAACUCUGUGAAUUUGGCGUAUUCUUCUCAUAGUCCGUGCAGGAUCAUUUGGAAACAAGAGGCAAACUCGAAUUUCUCGGUGAUAUCAUUAUAUAGGGAGUUGGAAGACAUUCACUUAAGAGGUAUUGAGGAUUUUCCAGUGGAGAAAGUUUGGAUCUCGUGGAUCCCGAGUAAAAUUUGUUUUUUCAUAUGGCUGGUUUACCACAAUAGAGUGUUAACAUUAGACAAUUUGAAGAAGAGAGGCUUUUAUUUGGCGAAUAAAUGUGUUCUCUGUAUGAAGGAUGAGGAAACUGCUCAUCAUAUGCUUGUGGAAUGCAAAUACGUAAGGAACAUAUGGAGUAUGAUGUACUGCAGGAGGAGCAGGGUACCGAGAUGGAAUGGUGAGAUCGAUCAAGUAAUAGCAAACUGGCCGACUGCAUAUGGAGAUUGGAUUGAGAAGUGGUUCGAUGGAUGUAUUCUACAUUCCAUUUGGUGGGCUGUGUGGCUCGAGAGGAACCAGAGGACGUUCGAGGACAAAGCAACAUCUAUGAUGGUGGUGGGAAAAAAGGCGGCGAGGCAUUAGAAUGGAUUGUGGCAAAUGGAAAAGUGCAGAAAGCAUAAGGAAGGAGAUGGUUGUCAGAGAAGGGUUUAGUGUAUUAAUGGAUCAGGGAGGAGGCUGUGUAGAAUGGCUUCUAGUGUCUUUUUAUUGCUUAUUUAGAGGAUCGCGCGGUUCAUCUGGGCUGAGGGAAGUUGCUUGAUUCCUUUUGUUGGGGUUUCCUGGUGGGGGGAGGUUGUGUGCUGCAGUGUCCCGUGGUGGAUCGCGCAAGGGUGUAGUCAGUUUGGUUCCAGUGGCUGCGUGGGUACUCUGCUGUUGUUGUUGUUGGGUGCGGGGUUUGUUGUUGGCCGACCAGGGGGAGAUUCUUUUGUUUUCGUGGGUAGAGGAAUGUUGCGGGGAGCGGUUAAGGCUGGGUGGGGGUGUAUUGAUUGUUCGUUUGGGGGGGUCUGCUUACUGCAGGGGGUUUCAAGUCUCUUUUCGGUUGACAAUGUCUUUGUCACUGCUGUUCUGUUUUUCUGUUCUCUUUCCUUUCUUUUUCCUUUUGAAUUUGGGGUUUUUCCCCUAUUAUGUUCAAGAUCAUUUCUCUUGAUCCUGUUUCUUUGUGUACAGCUUCUUACCUUAGUCUAAUAAAAUUUCACCAUUAUAAAAAAAGGAUAUCAGAGUCUCGAUCGAACCCUUUGUCUCCCUUCUCGAUUUGUAGUACUUGACAUGGAUAUGAAUGAGGAUUACUCUAUCCUAUUUGAGAAGACGCCAAUAAGAAUCUUCCAAUCAACAUAACAUGAUAUAUGCAACAUGUAUGUUGACAAUCUCAAGUGUUUUCCUAGCACGGAACCCAUGACCAUGAUGUCGUAGGGGGAUGGCAAGACACAUGAUCAUAGUGAAUGUAGACAUCUGCUAUGAAUUUACUCAACCACGUAUGUGUAUAACUAGGCCUGUUAGUCGGUGCGGUUUCGGUUUAACCGAACCGCAAAGUCGGUUAGCCGACACCGAGAAGUAGACAAAAUAAAAAACCGCAACCGCCACCAAUCGCAAUGUCGGUUAGGCGAUAACCGCAACCGACAGUUUCGGUGUGAAUAGGCGGUUAGCCGACAACGACUGGAGAUGGAGAGGUCGUCGAUAAAAUUUUCAGGAAGGGGCCCGACAGGCCGCAGCGGCGUCCGACGACAACAGAUUUAGGUAAACGAUGACUCUGCGAGGUGGCGACCAGACAAAGGCAGUGAGGAUGUUGACGGUGUUGAUUCGGGCGCUUUGACCGACGCACGGCAGAGUGAGGAUGUGGAUGGCGGCGGAGUGAGGAUGUGAACGACGUCUCUCCUCAAGCCUCCUCUCGUCCAUGCAUGUCACUUAAAGUCCAGGAGGAAGAAGGGUAUGGCAGAUUAUGAUGUGAAGGAGGAAGACGAGAUCUAGAUUCGAGAUUGCGAUUAGCGAUGGAGAGUUAGAUGGGCGGCGCCGGCGAGGAUUGAGGACGACGGUCGGCCUUGACUAGAGAUACGACUUUGCUGGGAAGUGUGAUUGACCGUCGGCAAGAUCAAGAUUGGGAAUGACGGUAGUGAGGACGGCGGGUCGGCGAGAUCGAGAUUGCAAAGCAACAGCGGGCGGUGAAGCCGCGUAGCUAGAUUGGGAGGGGACGAUGGGUGGCGAAGUCAAGAUUGGAGAGGUAUGAGAGGAAAUUGGGAGCUAGAGACUUGGGAAGUUGGGUUCUGGGCGGAUGGGAAAUUGGGGAUGAGGAAGGAAGUCUUCGCACUCUGGGAACUGGAAUUUGGGAAGGAAAUAAAGGGGCUGGGCAGUU